CGAGUCAGCGAAACGUGAAUCAGUCGUUGACGGCAAGGGGCAGCGAGACGUUCCGAGUUUAUAAGCUGUGUGAUAAACGUGAAGUUUGUCGGUGCGUGUCGCCGGUGAAUGAAGCGGGCCAAUUGUUACGCGCGAUGGCCGCGUGCUACAGCGAGCAGGCAUCAUCCACCUCGGGUAACGUAACGAAAAAGUCGCCUGCGGCCACCGCGAAACCGGUCAGUUGGCAACACAGACUGUUCGGUAAACAACUGUCGCGGUGCAGUCAGGUUAAUCAACAGGACACGAAGCCGUGCGAAGCGAGCGGUUCGCUCGUCGACGACGACGGACGGCCGACUUGCGAGGUGAUCGGUGUGUAUUUUAGUUUUAUUAACCCCGGUGCUACCUGCGACGACUUCACGCGUCAGCUGCUCGAACUCUAUACGAAUGUCAAUUCGGCGCACACGGACGCGGAGAAUCCUGGCAAAGAAAGGAGAAAAAAGUUCGAGGUCGUGCACGUGGUUCUAUGGAGUAAUGUAGCCGAUGUGCUCGAUUUCGAGGAAAGUUUUCGUACGCACGUCUCCGAGUUACCCUGGCUGGCUGUGCCGAACGUAGACUAUGAAAGAAAGACCAGGCUGACUCGGAGGUACCGGAUAAAGGCUGGUGUGCCAACUUUAAUUUUAUUGGAUGGUUCUAAUGGCUCGGUGGUAACCAGAGGAGGCGUAGAACGAACCAUUGGGGAUCCUACUGGAGCUGAAUUUCCUUGGAAACCCCCGCAUCCAAAAGCAUCUUUAGAGGAUGGACCAUUAUUACCAUGUGGAGCCCGUGAUAGCAACGAGCCAAUGUUGCACGAGGAGUUACGCCAUUGCUAUAAGGGUGUCUAUUUUAGCGCACAUUGGUGCCCACCUUGCAAAGCGUUUACCCCACAACUCGUGGACACCUAUCAGCGAAUUCGAGAAAGAGGCCACGAUUUCGAGGUGAUCUUUGUGAGUUCGGAUAGGAGUGAAGAGUCUUAUAACGUUUAUAUUGAAUCGAUGCCUUGGUUGAGGAUACCUUUUAGUCAAGAAGAAAGACGACGAAAAUUGGCGAGAGCUCUCGACGUACAAGCAAUACCCACUUUAGUGAUACUCGAUCCCCGCGAUAACAUCAUAACUUUGGAUGGUCGAGCGGAAUUGAUUGAGGACCCUGAAGGAUUGAAUUUUCCAUGGACCAGUUGUUUGGUGAAUAUUUUGACAGAGAAAUAUGCUACUUCGUUACACGACGCACCGGCAAUUAUAUUGUUCGUCGAAGGUGAAGACUCUGAGAUUCAAUUCGCAGAGAGCGUAUUAUUGCCAGCUGCGCAGACGUACAGAAAAGAUAGACCUGAUUACGAUCCAAAUUACGAUGACCCAGAUGAUAUUUUGCAAUUUUAUGUAGCAUUAGAUUGUGAAACGUCAGAUAUCCUCCGCGAAUUUGUGGGUUUGGAUGACGCUGUGCCCCUUUUAACAGCGAUUGACAUACCACGAGGAGUGUACGUCGUGAUGGAGGAUGGUGCCGAGAUAACUGUGGACUCUGUACAACAAUUCGUUGAGGGAUUUCGAAAUGACAAAUUGCCUAUAAACAAAAUAGCCGCGGUACACAAAACAGUUAAAAACGAUCAAAUUUCUACUUGAACACUUGGGAAUUAUCGCGGAUGACUUUAUACAAAUUAUUGAAGCCCAUACGUGAAGGAAGGAGCAGUUAGGUUUUUAAGUGGUCAUUAUACAACCACAGAAUAAAGAAACCCCAUCCUCUCUUCUCAAUCCUAUCUCUGUGAUACCAUUGCUCCUUCGAGUAGGAAGGAUCCCGCGCACGAUCGCGCUUGUAUUGUAUCCGUACACCCCUUUGUGGAAGUAACCAAAAGACAUGUAUUAUAUAUCAUAGUCAAUAAAAAUUGAGCGAAUUGUAUUUUUAAGUGUACACGCGCACACGAAUACGGUAAUAUAUUAUAAUGUAUUACUUAAAGAACGCCAAAUGAACACGUCGAACGUA